AUGAAAGAAAAACGUGAGAAAGGUAUUUGUUUCAAUUGUGGUGCACCUUUUAAAUAUGGGCAUAUUUUUCCUAAUAAGCCAGGCUUCUUGCUUUUAGAGAUGGAUCCUCAUUUUUCUGAAGAAAUCACUGCAAUUGAGCAUAACACUGAAGACCAACAAGUAAGUGACGAUCUUGUUGUUUUGGAAUCAACUCCAACUAUAUAUCUUAACUCACUUUUGGGUUAUACGUUUCCUAAUACUAUGUGUAUCACUGGUUAUUCCAAGGCUCGACCUCUCACAAUUCUCAGAGAUUCAAGGUCUACACAUAAUUUCUUACAUCCCAGCAUAGCCAAGCAUUGUGGCUUUGCAGUUUCGUCAUCUGAUCCUGUUUUACAUGUAACUGUGGGUAAUGGUGGUUAUUUAAACACUAACGGACCUUGCACUUUCCCUACUCGAUUACAAGGUACAAUUUUCUACAUUGAUUUUUAUCUGCUGGAGAUUAGUGGUUGUGAUGUUGUAUUGGGAAUUCAAUGGCUACGCACGUUGGGAGAAAUUAUUUGGGAUUUUGAAAAAUUGACCAUGCAGUUUAGCAUUAAUGGCACAGACGUCACAUUAACUAGUAACCAAUCAUCAUCUGUAAUGAUUAUGUAUGUUUCUCCCAUGCAACGUUUAUUAUCUACAGAAAACUGUGGCAUUCUAUUGGAACUAGUUGCAUUAAAUACUUCCGCCGCCAAGCAAUCAGUGUUGUUUCCUGAAAUUCAACAACUACUUUCAAAUUUCAAUGAUAUUUUUUUUAUUCCAACAACACUGCCUCCAGAAAGAUUGCAUAAAAUUUCAUUAUUACCUGAAUCUGGACCUGUGAAUGUACGCCCUUAUAGAUACCCGCAUUUUCAAAAAGAUGAAAUUGAGAAGAUUGUGAGUGAACUGCAACAAGCUGGGUUUAUAAGGCCUAGUUCUAGACCUUUCUCUUCACCUAUUCUUUUGGUUCGAAAGAAGGACGGCUCAUGGCCUAUGUGUGUAGACUAUCGUGCUCUUAACAAGAUAACCAUAAAAGAUCGUUACCCAAUUCCGGUAGUAGAUGAAUUGUAUGGUAAGAAAUUCUUUACCAAGUUGGAUUUACGAUAUGGUUAUCACCAGAUUUGUGUACAUGAAACUGACAUUCCAAAUACAGCUUUCCGUACACAUGAUGGCCAUUACGAGUUUUUGGUCAUGCACUUUGGAUUAUCUAAUGCACCAGCAACAUUUCAGAUCUUAAUGAAUGCUAUAUUCAGGCCUUAUUUAUGCCAGUUCGUGUUGGUUUUCUUCGAUGAUAUUCUGAUCUAUAGCGAGGAUUUUGCUUCUCAUCUCAAGCAUCUAGAGUUGGUGUUUGAACUCUUACUUAAAGAACUUAGGGGAUUUUUGGGUUUGGCUGGAUAUUAUAGAAAAUUCGUGAAGGAUUUUGGAAAAAUAAGUGCUCUUUUAACUCAGUUGCUUAAAAAGGAUGCUUUCAAAUGGAUUGAUGAAGCAACUGCUGCUUUCAAAUUGCUUCAACAGGCCUUAACUACUACGCCUGUUUUGCUUCUACCAGAUUUCUCAAAGGAAUUUUAUUUGGAGUGUGAUGCUUCUGGUGGUGGCAUUGGUGCUGUGUUAAUGCAAUCUUCACGUCCUAUAGCUUUUUAUAGUAAACCUUUAUCUGGUAAGAAUCUUAAAUUAUCUGUUUAUGACAAAGAAAUGCUAGCAAUUGUUGGCUCGACAAACAAAGCUGCAGAUACUUUGUCUCGACUUGUUAAUCCACAAUUAUUGGCAAUCACUGCACCAAUUUUCUCUAGUGUAGAUGACAUUAUUGCAGAAUGUCAUAAUGAUCCAACUUUACGUGCAUUAAUUGAACAGCUGCAGCUCAAUCCUAAUAGUAAACGUCAUUAUUCUUACUUAAAUGGAGUGUUGCGUUAUAAAGGAAGAAUUGUGGUUGUUUCUUCUUCAGAAUGGUGUAAAAAACUUCUUCAUGAAUUUCAUUCUACGCCAUUGGGUGGUCAUUCUGGUUACUUGAGAACUUUCAAGAGACUGCAGCACAAUUUCACUGGUCUGGCAUGA